ACAUGCUCAUGUACAGAGCUGGGGUUUAAGAUGGUGCUCCUGAUGUGGAUUACAGUGGUGCUUUUUAGUCAUACUGAUUCUGCACAAACGAACAUCAUCAAUCAGCCGAACUCCGUGAUCACCGCUGCUUCUGGCGAUAACGUGACUCUACACUGCUUUCGAAUGGAAGAAGGAAACACUGAUGCCAUCAUUUGGUACAAGCAAGCAGUAGGACAUGAGCCUCGUCCGAUGGUGACAGUUCAGAAAGUGUUAACAAAUCCAGUUUUUGUAGAUGAUUUCAAAUCACCGAAGUUUACUGUAGAGAACUUGAAAGAGAAGUGCAAUCUGAAAAUUACAAACGUGGACCCAUCAGAUGAAGCCAUGUAUUACUGUGGAUUAAAAAAGAUUAUGAUAACUUUUGGAAAAGGAACUUUUUUAGCAGUGAAAGAUGAUGGAGAUGUAAAAGUGUCAGUGAUCCAGAGCGGCGUGUUGGACUCGGUUCCUGCAGGAGCGUCAGUGACUCUGCAGUGCUCGGUUCUCUCUGAGAGCAGAGCAGCAGAACACCAAGUUCUCUGGUUCAGAGCUGCUUCACCACAAUCCCAUCCUCAAAUCAUUUACACUCAUCACAACAGCAGCCGUCAGUGUGAGAGCGUCUCUUCUACACACACCUGUGUGUACGACUUCUCCAAGAACAUCCUCAGCAUCAGUGAUACUGGAACUUACUACUGCGCUGUGGCCGUGUGUGGGAAGAUCAUUUUUGGGAACGGGACUCAAGUACAGUUGGUCGAGUCUGUGGAUCCUGUAGUGAUCUGCCUCGCUGUAGCUUUGGGAGUGUGUGCGGUUGUGAACUCCGUUCAAGCUCUUUUACUCUGUAAAUGGAGAAAUCGUGAACAACUCAUAAAGAGAAAACGCACUGGGAGAAGAAUGGAAAAUAACAGCACUCAGGACCAUGACUCUCUGGAGCUGAAUUAUGCUGCCUUACAGUUUAAUGAAAAGAAAACCAAAGGAGGAAGAGAAAAGAGAAAACAAUCUCAACCUCAAGCUAGCGUCUACUCUGAAGUCAGAUCUCUCGCCACGAAUUAGAUUAUA